AUGGUCGAGAGCUUUACUAGCAUUCUGCGCGCUAGUUCAUUGAGAGGCUUGUUCGGCUUGGUCGCCCUCCUUGUAGUGCUGCGAUAUCGACGCUCUAAAGUAUCGAAGUAUGUGAAGGAUCUCACCACUGUUGGUCGCAGAUUGGAUGACGUGGGAUGUGACUUUGAUGAGUUUGAUAUCAUUAUCAUCGGGGGUGGGACAGCUGGGUGUGUUCUCGCAUCGCGAUUAAGCGAAGACCUUCGUGUUCGCGUCCUUCUUCUGGAGUCUGGCGGAAGUUCUCAGGGUGUACCAGAAAGUCGCAUACCAUCUGGAUUCGCCAGCAUUCUACGAUCAAAGUAUACCUACCAUAUCUAUACGGAACCUCAAACAUUUCUGAAAAAUGGCAGAAAGUUAUUCUGGCCUCGAGGCAGAUUCUUGGGCGGAUGCUCUUCCAUCAACGCGCAAAUGGCGCAGUACGGUUGUCCAAGUGAUUUCAAUCAGUGGGCUGAAUUUAUCCACGAUGAUACUUGGUCGUGGGACAAUUUUCGUCUAUACUUCAACAAAUUUGAGAAAUACUCUGCAGACCCUGACUAUCCCCAUGUCAAUCCAGCUCACCGCGGAUCUAAAGGGCCUAUACGUAUUGGGUAUUUCGGUACCAUAGCCCAAUCGUCGAAAGACUUCAUCAAGGCAUGUGUCGAUAUAGGAAUUCCCUAUAACCCAGACUUCAAUGGCCCCGACGGUACUAUGGGCGCGGGCAGAAUCAUGACGUACAUUGACCAGAACAGAGAGAGGGUAUCCUCAGAAUCCGCCUAUCUUACCCCCCAAGUCUUAGCGAGGCCAAAUCUUAAAGUCGCCAUCAAUUCGCAUGUGACGCGAAUACUUUUUGACGGCGAAAAGCGCGCGGUCGGCGUUGAAUACGCUAAUUCAGAGCGUGGCCCUCGUUACCGCUCUCGUGCUCGGAAGGAAGUCAUACUCUCAGCGGGUGCCAUUCAUUCGCCCCACAUUCUCAUGCUUUCAGGCGUUGGCCCAGCUGAACAUCUAGGAAAAUACAACAUCCCUGUUGUUCACGACCUGGCAGGAGUCGGUGGUAACCUCGUGGAUCACCCUGCCAUAGACGUCUCUUACAAAGAUGCGACGAACACCUCACCAAACUAUCUGAUACCGCGAACGUUAGCAGACAAACUGAAGCUUUUCAAAGCCCUCUUACACUACAAAUUCCUUCGAUCUGGCGGUCCUUUGGCGACGAACGUCGGAGAAGCUGUUGCCUUUAUUCGUUCGGACGACCCAAAGUUGUUCCCGCCUAGCCAAUAUUCACAGGUAUUGGAGGAAAGCACCUCCGGUGCGGGCGCUCCGGACGUGGAGUUGUUCUGCACGUCUAUAGGGUACAAACCCCACGCGCAAGCCUUAUUUGAUGUGCCGACGAGGGCUUUGCAUGCCUGCUUGUUAAAACCAAUGAGCCGUGGUGAAGUUCUCCUCAGAUCGGCCAAUCCUUUUGAUCUUCCAAGUGUCAAUCCCAACUACAUGAAGCAUCCUGACGACCUUCAAAAACUCCUUCGCGGACUCCGUCUAUGUUUCCGUAUCGCACAGACUGAACCUUUGGCUUCCCAUCUUGAUCAUACAUUCGAGCACACCGAACUGGACCAUAAGAUGCAUCUUAAAUCCGAUGAAGAGCUAGCCGAGAUUCUCAAAUCCCGGAUACAAACUUUAUAUCAUCCCACUUCUAGUUGUAGGAUGGCACCGCAGGAAAAGAACGGAGUAGUAGAUGCUAGAUUACGAGUCUGCGGUUUGAAGGCUCUUCGGAUCUGUGACGCGUCGAUAUUCCCGUGGAUCGUUUCAGGACAUACGGCGGGUGCGUGUUUUGCGGCAGCUGAGAAGUUGGCAGAUGAGAUCAAAGCGGAUUUGUAA